CCGGGACCAGGAUCAGGAUCAGGAUCGGGACCAGGAUCCGGACCAGGAUCCGGUGGGUUUCCUGUUUGAGAGAAUAAUCAGAUUUUGUGAAGUGUGUGUGCAGGGCAGCUCCUUGAAGAUAUUUGUUCCUGUCUGCAGAGUAAUUGAGCAGGGCAGCACUGGGGUCUGAUCUGUACCUGACUGCGAGGAAGGUCUCCUGAGAUUCAGAUGAUUGUUACCGGCUGGCAGCAUUUUCCAGCUUUGUUGUGCUUUUUAGUGGAAGUAUAAAAAUAAUGGCAUUUCCAAGCUUUUCUCGGGGAAAAAAAAGAAAAAUGGGAAAACCAGAAGGAAAUCAGCACUACCAUGCUGCUCAGCUGUGUUGAUACCAAGCUGCCUCUGCAGACAAUCUAAGACUUGGCUUUAUUUGGUUUCUUCUAUUUGAGGAUGAUGGUAUUAAGUGGCAGUGUCUGAAUUGAAGGAAAUAAAUGGCGUUGUUUCACAGUCAAUAAAUUAUUCAUGCAGCUUUGUUUCUGGCAAGGCUGGGGAGAUGACGGCAGUGGACAAGGUGGAGGAGCAGCUGGCGGGUCUGCGCAUAGCCAGGCGCUGCGUGCCCAGCGAGAAACCCGCCUACCUGCUGGACAUCGACACCUCCACGGCUGCCCAGCCCGGGAGCAGCCGCUUCGUGGCAGUUUCCUGUUCCAACAAAUCCAUCAGGGUGUACGACAGGGAGACGCUGCGCUUCCUGCGGGAGUACCGCGGCCACCCCGGGAUCCUCAGCGGGGUCAGGUUUGCACACACGUGUGACAGCGUGGUGUUCUCAGCCUGCAGCCAGGGCACUGUGAAGUGCUGGGAUGUUCGCUCAGCCGCGCAGGAGCCUGUGCAGGUGUUCAGUGGUUAUCCCUCAAACGUCUUCAUCAGCUUCGAUGUCAGCUGCAGUGACCUCAUCGUUUGUGCCGGAACGGAAAAAGUUGAAGAUGAAACGUUCCUGGUGUUUUGGGAUGCGAGAGGCAUUACAGACUGUGCCAGUGCCACUAAAGAACCCUUGGGAGUCUAUUCUGAAAGUCACAAUGAUGACAUCACCAAAAUCUGUUUUCAUCCUGUUGAACCCAAUUUGGUAGUGUCUGGGUCAACUGAUGGCUUGGUGAAUGUGUUUGACAUCAAUAAGGAUAACGAAGAUGAUGCUUUGAUAUCGACUUGCAAUUCAGAUUCAUCAGUGAGUUCUCUUGGCUGGUCUGGGGAAGAUUACAAACAGAUCUAUUGCAUGACACACGAUGAGGGGUUCUGCUGGUGGGACAUGGCUCAGCUGGACACUGAAGAGCCGAUAACCCUGCUGCACGUUCUGGAUGUCAGAGAGUCAGUUAGCACUGAAAACCACAGCCUGCAUUACCUAGUGGGUGGCUUGUACCACGAAAAGGCAGGGAAACUCUUCCUGGUUGGGGGAACCUCCACAGGAGACAUCCACCUGAUCAGCUGUGGCACCGAUGGCCUGAGCCUGGUGGGGACCCUGUGUGGGGGACACUCGGCCACCGUCCGCUCCUUCUGCUGGAGCCCCACGGAUGAGUCUCUGCUGACGGGUGGAGAGGAUGCUCAGCUGUUGCUAUGGAAACCUGGGGCUGUGGAAAGGUCCCUCACAAAGAAAGCAUCUCUGAAGAUCUCUUCUUCCUUGCAGAAGAGAGUGAGAGUUCACAACACCUCCCUCAAAAGCAGGAAAAAGUGAAAUGCCUAAAGUGGGAAUCUCUGCCAUGCAGAGCUUUCCUGGUGUUUAAUCUCCCUAGGCAAUACUUGGCUGUGUUUUAUUUAGAGGUUUUCUGUGGAAAGAACUGUGGUGCUUGAAUUCCCCCGGGAAUGCAUUUCAGUCAUCAGAAGAAUGCCUUUUAUUUUUUUUAAGUUGCUAAUAUUAAUCAGAAAAGAGUAAAUGUUUGCUCCUGAGUUCUUCAACAGCUGAUGUUAAAUCAUAUUAUAUAAAAUUAUUUCUGUGGUUAUUUAAUAUCUCAGACAAUGUUCUAAAUGUGUAAUACAGGCCUGUGGCUUGCAUAGUUUGUUACCUUCCCAAUGAUAUUUCCUGGCACAUGGUAAAAGCUUUUGUAUUCCAUGCUGUAUUUUGCUUUCUUCACAGAAAACUUAAUGAAAUUGCUCAAUUUAGUAAAAGAUUUUAUGUCACAUCUUAAUGCCUGAAGGAAUUACUUUCUGAUGGAACAGAAAAUAAGUAGUUUUGCACUGUCACAUCACUGGUUUAGAACAGGCUCAUAAAGAAGCAGCUGAUAGAGCCAUCUUUUUCAUAGCAGAUAUGAAUGUAUUCAACCAAACAGCAGCUAAUUUGUAUGAGUAUGAGAACUGUUAAACUGGCAUUAUUUCCUGCAUGAAAAUACCCAAGAAUUUUGCAAGCAGCUUCAUUCUCUCCUACUAAGUGCACCUGGAAGACUGGGGAGAUCUUUGGUGGGUUGGAGAAAUUGAUGGGUAUAAUUACACCAGUGCUGCUUAAAAUCCCAAACCCUGACUUGAAAGAAAUUGGUAUCACAUGCCAAGUGGGGAUGCUAAAACCCAGAAAUGAACACUGCCUUCAGAGACUGUAGUUAUGGAGGAACAGGCUGAUAUGAGGAGACUUCAACAAAACCUUUUAGAGGUUGGCCUGGGUCCUUUAAGAAGUGUUUCUCUCUGCUCAGAGGUUUAUGCUUGGACAUCUCCCCAGGAGAGCUUUGUUUUAUUAUUCCACCAAAUACCCACUGAGUGGUGCAAAACCAGCCCUGUUCUUGUAAAAUGGGUGAGACUUCAUGCUUAUUCUGCUUUGCUGGAAGACUCCAACCUGUGCUCCUGGCUCUGCACACACACUCACCUCCAGCCUUCCCAGGACCACUGCAGGCAAAUGGUGUUGGUAUUGAGGCUGUAGUUACACAUGUGCACUACAACUGAAACCAGCACCAGAAUAUUUAAGAAUUGCUCUGUUAUAGAUUAGCUAGGAUUUAAGAUGGGUUGGGUUAUUUUAUCUUUUCCCUUGAGGGUGGAUAGGUAAUUCUUUCAGAAAAAGUCCUGAACAUCAGGUUUAAAGGAUUAUCCUGGAGUUUAGAAACAGUUUCUGAGGUACAGAACAUAUUCCAGUGUAUGGUUACAGCUGUGCUAAAGAUGCCUGAAUCAUCUCUGGAAUUGAAUCCUUUUCAACCACAAGUAUCGAGUUUCCACAUGAUGUUUCACAAACUGUUAAUACCCUUUAGCCACAACUGUGAAUCCAUUGUUAGUUUGGGUUUGCCUGCUGGUGAUAAGAUGAUUCACUUGGUUUUGUUACUGCUGGUUAUUUAAAAGUGCAGCUUCAAUUUGAAAAUCA